CUGUUGGAAAAAAUAAAACCCACCAAAUGAUCGUUUAAAAAAGUAAUAAAAGAGACACAAGGAAAGAAAAGAAGGAAAAUAGAUCUGCGAAGAUGAUGCGCAGCUUUGAGCUCCUUCGGGAAACGUGAGGUGACGUCAACACGGAAGUUUGUUGCAGGACAGAGUUUAACCAGUGAAGAGGACCAGUUUAAGCACCGGCACGUGAUGUCGGAGACCGGCAGGGCUCCUGCGGCGCGCGCGGUGCUGCAGCAGUGUCUGCAGGCCAGACUGCAGGUGAAACCAGCAGAGGAGCUCUCAGAGGCUCAGUUCGUCCAGAUCGACAGAGGAAUGGUGAUUUACAUCUGCUUCUUUAAGGGAGCCACAGACGACAUCCUGCCAAAGAUGGCGUCCACACUGUUGAACCUGCGGCUGUGCGAGUCCGACUCGGGGAAGCUGGUCUCGGUGUUGGAGCUUCCCGGCAGCCUGUUGAUCGUCCCUCAGGCCACGCUGGGCGGGAAGUCCAAAGGCAGGGCCAUGCAGUACCACAACAACAUCAGCAAGGAGGACGGCCUGCGGCUCUACACCACCUUCGUUUCUCUGUGCGAGAAGGAGCUGACGGCUGCUGCUGCUGCGUCAGCCGGGGGCGCAGCUCAAGUGACGGUGAAACACGGCACAUAUGGAAACAGACAAGUGCUGAAGCUCGAAACCAACGGACCGUACACCCAUCUGAUGGAGUUCUGAACAGGAGGGGAAGACGAGAAGUGAGGCUUUGCUUGUGUCAUCGUGGAGGUCGAAUUUGUCUCUUAAUCAGCGUCUGAGUAUCCACCAACAAGACCACGAACAGUCACCGGCAAUUACUGAUGUAUUGAUGUUUAAUUUGUAUAUUUGUGAUAAAAAACAGAAAUACAAAGAUUUGGAGUAUGUUAUUGAGUAAGUAGAAUACAAAACUGUUCUGAAUGUGCACAACAACAUGAAAAGUCAAAUUUCUGAGUAUGAGGAGUCUUAAAAAUGUGAUCACAAGGCCACAAAAUAUUUCGUGAAGGCAGAAUAAUGGCCUGGUGUAGUUUUCCUUGGUUCUAGUGAAGUGAAUCUUAAUCCUCCACCAUACAAUGAUAUUUUAAAGAAAUGGUUUUUGAAGUUUGGUGUGGAACAACUUGACUUGCUGCACAGAGCCCUGACCUUAGUCCCAUCCAACACCUUUGUGAUGAAGUGGAACACUGACUGUGAUCCAGACCCGAUCACCACCAUCAUUGCUGGACCUCCCUGAUGCUCUGGUGCUUGAAUGGCAGCAAAUUCCUCCAGCAGGUGCAACACCUGGAGGACCAAUUUAAACCAAAAGAGUGGAGGCUGUUGGAGCAGCACAUUAAUUCCCCAUAAUCAUGAUGGAACCACAUGGUCAACUGAGAUGUUUGGGUGUCCGCAUACUUUAUGGUGUAGCUAGUUAAGGUUUACAGCCCAUCAUCACGAUCCUGGAGGCUUUUCAUCUUGCAAAAUUUCAUAAUUUCGCACGUUUGCAAAGUGAAAUU